UAUAAUGAUCCUCCCUAGACUAGUCUACAACUCUACAAUACAGUGAUCCUCCCUAGACUAGUCUACAAUAUAAUGAACACGAUAGUAGCAACCUCUAUGUUGUAAAGAACAAACCUCUGUUGUAAAGAACAAACCUCUAUGUUGUAAAGAACAAACCUCUGUUGUAAAGAACAAACCAAAGAAUGUUUCCACUGCAGCACCAAUACAAACAUCUAAUUUCAGCUAAUUAUCACCUAAUGCAUAUUAUAAACUGGGUCGUUCGAGCCCUGGAUGUUGAUUGGGUGAAAGCUGUAGUACAGUAUAUGAGACAAUAUGCCACGGGUAUGACACAAAACGACUUGUUUACAGCUCUAAUUACUAUGGUAAUCAGUUUAUAAUAGCAAUAAUAUUUCUCUGGGAUUUGUGGUAUAUGGUCAAUAUACUACGGCUAAGGGCUGUAUCCAGCCACUCCAGCCCUUAACCGUGGUAUAUUGGUCAUAUACCACACCCCCUCUGGCCUUGUUGGUUAAAUAUAACACUCUGUUGGAGUGGAGCUGGAGUCAUUAUCAUUAUGUCGACAGACAUGACGCUACAGUGCUGAAUGAUGUUGAUGUUUGCGAGGUGUAUCCCACCAAGCCCUGAACAGGAAUACCUGUAGUUAUGUUAAACAACAGGUUGAAGGCUCUACAAUUAGGUUGUUAAACACUAUAAUGGAUACUUUCUAGAGUCAUACCAAGAAGCUGCUGUAUAUAAGGCUGAUGCCAGCAGUACUCGACAUUUCCUGAUUCCCAUGAUGGACUUGACUGUGUCUUCCCUGCUGUCCAUGGUGGUUUACAUCUGUUGUACCUGGGCCAUACCUGCUCAGGUAAACACUAGUGCAAGUUAAACCUGUUGUACCCAAACUGUUUAAUGUAGAGUUUUUAUAAAAAAGGAAAAUGAUAUUUCUCUGUAUUUUGUAGAGUACCUCGGUGAGCUCCAAAAGGUUCCCUAAAAGUUAUUCAGGUAAACAUCCCACAUAUUACUCAACAUUUCAUAGUACAGGAAUACCAUGAUUAACAUAUUUAAUGUUUCAGAUGAUCACAUUAUACGCAGUGAGAUGACAGCGAUGGAUCAAAUCAUAGAGGCCAAUGAGUUCCAAGCUGCCCAGGUUCCAGACGGCACUAGUUUCAGGGAUGGAGAUAUCGCUGUGACUACCGGGAGGCGCUCUAAGGUCUGUUUCGCACGCAGUUGUCUGUGGUCCAAGUCGGUGGACGGACAUGUCUACAUCGCAUACAGGCUGUCAUUGGACUACAGUGAUUUGGAUCAGAGGAUAAUAAAGUCUGGUAUGGAGAACAUGGAGAGAGGUACCUGUGUGCGUUUCGUUCCAUGGACACACCAGAGGGACUACCUGGAUAUUCAGCCUAAGUCAGGGUGUUGGUCGUACCUAGGGCAGCGUGGUGGCAGACAGACUUUAUCUCUACAGUCUCCUGGCUGUAUGUUGUCUGGCGUGGCCUCCCACGAACUCAUGCACGCCCUGGGCUUCGUGCACGAACAUUCCCGCAUCGACCGCGACAACUAUGUCACUGUCCUGUGGGAGAACAUCUGGAAGGAUCGCGUACGGAACUUUGAGAAGUUCAAAACCAACUCUCUGGGCGUCCCCUAUGACUACGACUCCAUCAUGCACUUUGGGAUGUAUUCGUAUUCAGAAGAUGGAGAUCCUACCAUCAAACCUAAGAGGAAGAACCACAACACCCAUCUGGGACAGAGAACCGGUCUCAGUCAACUGGACAAAAUGAAGAUUAACAAACUCUACAAAUGUGAAACCCUGGACGAUUAGAAAGAU